AUGCUCGCCCCCGUGGGCGCGGCGAAUCAGCACCCCAAGUGCGUCGACGACAGCGGCUUGUGCGGCCCCGAUUUUGGCGGCCGCGUCUGCGACGCCGGGCGGUACUGCGUCGGCGGGAUGUGCCGCGCGGACGAUAAGUGCGGCCCGGACCACGGGAACACGAUCUGCCCCGGGAACCGCGUCUGC